AUGGGUCACUCGCCGAUCGCCGCCGGCGCCGGACGCGACCGCCUGAGCGACCUCAGCGACGACGUGAUCGGCCACAUCCUCUCCUUCCUCGACGCCAAGGAGGCCGCGCGCGCCGCGGCGCUCUCGUCGCGGUGGCGCGACGUCUACGCCAGCGUCCACACCGUCUCCCUGGAGCUGCCGGAACGGCCACUCCACGACGACCUCACCGAUCUCACGUACAUCCUCAGAAUUUUGCGGCCCUUCGUCGCCGGCGUCACCGCCGCCAUCUUCGCCCGCGACCGCCGAGCGGCCCCCGCCGCGGCGGCGGUGCCCCUGCGCGCGCUCCGCGUCUGUAUGGAAGGCAGCGUAGACUACUCCACGGUGGGCUUGUGGGUCACCCACGCGCUGAGGCAUGCCGCCCCCGGCCUCGAGCUUGACCUCCGCCUCGGCCGCGACCCCGUCUGCUGGGGCAUCGACCACAAACCCGUCCACCGCUCCCGACCUGCCGUUUACCCACAUCAGAAAUAUAACUUUGACCCCGUCGAUCCUUCCCUCCCCGCGGAUGCCAACGAGGACGACGAUGCCGCCUCUAGCGAUGACGAGAUGCCUUCUGGAUUUGCUAAUCGGCUGUACAUCCGGGAACUCCCGAGGCCGCUAUUCUCCUGCGCGGCGCUGCGAACGCUCCGCCUCGGGUCCUGCUGCCUCUCCACGCCGGAGGCCGUGAGCCUUCCGUCGCUGGAGGUGCUCCGCCUCACCAACGUGCGCGAGGAGGAGGAGCACGUGCAGAGGCUCAUCUCCGCCUGCCCGCUGCUCGCGGACCUGAUGGUCGAGGCCUGCGGCACGGUGACCGCGCUCCGCCUUGUCGACAACACGCAUCUCCGCAGGCUCGCCAUCCGGUUGUGCGACAACCUGGCCACUGUAGACAUGGACGCAUCACAGCUCCUAUGCUUCGAGUAUCUCGGCGCCAUCCCUGAUAACUCGUUCCUCGCCGUAGGCAGUGGCGUCGCCUUUCCAGCCAUCACGCCGUGCAAGAUCGACACCUACGCUGCCCGUCCUGAGGAGGCGGAGGACCUCGUCAAGAUCACUUCGUUCCUGCAGUUGUUCGUCGCCACAAAACAUCUCCACUUGUGCUCCACACCGAUGGGCUCCUGUUUCGUGAACCUCCCCGAGUUCCCGAGCCUCAGCCACCUCGAGCUGAAUGGAUGCAUACUGCAAGGCGACGAUCCCGCCUUUGCCAUUGCCGUGACGAGCACGAUCCUCAAUCAGGCCCCUAACCUGGAGCUACUGACCCUGGUAUUCCAAGCAGCUGCGCCUCAAGAUCAAGAGUCGCAGCAGCGCAACGGCCCCUACCGUGGCCGCAUCGAGGGGGAGCUCGUCGACACGCACCUUCUCCACUACGACAAGUACGACACCAUUGACUAUGCGCUGAUGGUUAACACGCCGGUCCCGCCCUGCCUCGUGAACCGAGUGAGCAAGAUUGAGUUGGUGCAUUACCAAGGCGGCAAAGCGCAGAGGACGCUGGCCAAGUUCUUGCUCGGCAACGCUCCUGCGCUCAAGAUGCUCUAUUGUGGAUUUGCGGAGGGGCCGGAGUGGCUUCAGAUGCAAUUGAUGCGUGAGAUUGAAGGCUGGGUGAUCAAUGAGACAGCUAGCAAGGAGUUCCGUUGA